CUCAAGCCGGCGCGACGAAGAAGUUCCGCUCCGCCGGCAGCUUUGGAGCGCCCGGUUUGCGCGGUCGGGCGUCCAGGAUCGAUGAGAGUCCUGCUGAACCACGUGAAGAGGCCCGUGAAGCCCGAGAUCCUGGAGGAGCUCAGUGACAUGGAAGAGACCUCGCUGGGCCAGCUGAAAGUGCCGGUGAAGCCGGACGCGGAGGCCUUCCACGACGAGGGGGACCUCAUGGAGUCUCCGCUGGGCACGCCUCGCAUUUGCGGGUGGCUCCCUGAGGAGCCCAAACCGACCGGGACGAGCAUGGACGACGUCAGCACCAUCGGCACGAACAGCCACUCUUCGCUGGAGUCCACCUGGUCGUCAAGUACUGUGGACGGCUGGAAUGGAAACUACAAGAGGGUGCAGAAGAGGCAGCGGGAUGAGCAAGGUCUGCAGCAGUUCCUGAAGCAAUUUGGGUUCCAGAACUGCACCGCGUCCAAGAUCCACCGGCACGGAGCGUUCCGGACAGAGGAGAUCUACCCCAUCCAUGUGGCCGCCAGGCUCGGCAAUUAUCCGCUCCUCCGAUUGCUGGUCUGUCGCGGAGCUGAUCCACAGCAGAAGAGCUCUCAGAAUCGAGUGCCCAUGGAUUUUGCGUGGGAAAGGGAGGAUUUGGACACUGAGGGACAGCAGAUCAUGGAUUUCCUGAAGAGCAAGACAAAGAUCGUGUCCAUGCGCGAGUUCCAACAGAUGAUGAAGUGAGGAGAGUGGAAGCGAUUGAAGUGAUAUAUAUAUAUAUAUAUAGAUGUAUCAUUCUUUUCUCUUCCUCCCCAGACGCAACUGACGCAACCCUUUUUCCGGCCGGACCCUCACAUGUGGACCAGUGAGCGCGUUUGGAGCGUUUGGGUGGGGAUCUGCUGCUGUUCUUCAAAGGUGCAAGGUGUUGGUUC